AUGACUUCAAUAUUAGCCGUUGACACGAUAGCUGCGGCUGGCUUCAGAGACACUGAUCUCAGCAAGCUGAUGGAUCCCGAUAUCCCCCCUCUCGCCAGUGCCCGCGUCUUGCUGAGGCCCGACGAUGCAGGCCGGACGAGCACGGCUGGUGGUCGCUCUGAGGAUCUAGAAACCCCUCGGGCCCUGAGCGAGAACGGAAGAAUAAAUGGAGGAGAACAGCUGGACAUUAUACACGCUCUGGAUGACUCCCCACCAAGAGUCGAUGAGAGGCCGAAUGGACAGAGCACCAAGAACGAAACUGCACUACUGUCCCUCGAAGACACUACAGAGCUGUUCAGGAAGAAGGUGGCCGAUGCAAGGCAGGAUACAGAGCAUGCCCUAGCUGGAAGUGAAGCAGUCAGCGAUGCAGUCAAACCAAAACUUACUCUGGAUAUGGGCCACUCCAAUAUUGCAAGACUGCCAGAGAGUGUCGUUGAUCUAAUCAAGGCAGAAGUGGAAAGGUUGUCCUUGUCCCAUAAUCAGAUAUGGCACAUUCCUCUACGUUUUUCGGAAUGUACCCACCUCCGGUACCUCAAUAUCCGCUCAAAUGUCUUCAGAGAAAUCCCAAGAGGCGUAUACAAAUUAAAUCAACUCGAAAUCCUGGACAUCAGCAGGAACAAAGUCAAGAAAAUAUCGAGUGAUAUCAAAAAUCUCAAAUCCUUAAGGGUGUUCUCCAUGGUUCACAACAGGGUGGAGGACUUACCUGUUGAAUUAUGCGAGAUGACGAAACUUCAGAUUUUGAAGAUCGCCGAGAAUCCAUUACGGUUUAAGUUGAAAAAGAUUGUUGAGGCAAAGGAGUCUGAGGUGUCUUUCUCGGAAAUGACUGAUCAUGAACGGGAAACUGCCAUCACAGUUGAAAUUAAGAGAUACCUACGGGAUUCCCAUCCCGUAAUUGCCCCGAUCGAUAUCGAAGCAUCUCUCGAACUUGACGAAAGUCCAAUGGAAACACCCAAGCCAUUUAAGAGAGCACCCAGCAGCAGAUUUCCUGUCAUUCCGAGUACCAACAGCAUCGACUCUGGAUCCGAAGGGAACAAGUCUUCUCCAAUUCAGCCUAAUCCACCUCCUAUACCUACCCGUUCACACUAUCGCGUGGCUUCGGGGGCAUCUGGACAACAGAUGCCUAUCCUUCGUAGACCAGGGAUUGCACCUAUAGUCAAUCAGAGUAACAACGAAAGGAACCGAAGCAAUAGCGAGAGUGUAUUACAGGCAACAUCAGCGGUCCGCCAGAAGAGAAUGGGUAUGUUGCGGCGUGAGAAGCAGCCGGAGCUGGACAGUAUCGACGAGUUGAAAGUCAACCGAAACAGUCAUCUCCGAGGUUUCAGUCACGGAUCCGUUCUUAAACGAAAUGGUGCCUUGUCAUCCCCGGGUGGAACGAGUUCUUCAAGUCCUAACAGCCCCAGAGAUGCAAGGAGACACAGACUUGCGUUCGUGAAACGUCUCUCAAGCUUACCCGAGCACAAAGUCGAAAAUGAAUGGAACAAUCCAGUCAUUGAAGGCGCCAAAGGUAUUCUCUACGCUCUCUACCAGAUUCAUCCUCAAAUAUCAGGCUUAAUUGCUGCCGUCAGGAACAAAGAGGUUCAAAGAAGAAGCACUUUGGAAUUCACCUUUUUCAAUGCUUCCACUCAUGUUGAUCGCCUGAACGAGGCCUUGGAGCAAGCAGAUUUGGUUGAUAUUGAAGAUGAGGACGCUGUCGAAAAGAUUGAAACGACCGUCCGCCAAGACUGUGCAACAUGUAUCAUGGCUUACACCCAUGUGACCGCUCAGUUGCAAGACAACGUCAAAAAGAUCGUCGCUGGAAGUGAUGUACGAUACGUUCGAACUUUAAUGCUCCUCCUAUACGGCAGUAUGGUGGAAGUCAGAAAUGCAAUCCAGAGCUUCGGGGCAGAUGUCCAAGUUACACAAGGUUUCGGACAUGCGAAGCAGAUGCCCAGUGCAGGCUCUAAUAUGAUCCAAACCAUUCCGGAAGAAUUCAGCACACCUCCAAAAGCCGUUCGAGCAAUCACACCUACCCGAGACAAAACUCGGCCCGCAAGAUCAGGCCCGAGAUUGCGGAGCGAUACUGCCAUUCAACAUCCCAUCCUGGACAACGUUCCUACAUCUCAAAUACCUUCUGUACCACCUGUUAUCACAAAACCACUCGAGACACCUAUACAUUUGACAGGUACCACAAUUAACGGAAGUCUUAAUACUGGCACCUCAUCGACUUUCUCCUCUAGUGGAAACACUCUGACAUCCAACUCCAGUACUGGCUAUCGGUCAAGGUCGAGCUCUCGGACAGCCAUGAUGAACGGUUCUUCGUACUCAUCUGUUGCCAGUACUCCCCGAUCCGGCGAAGUCUUCAAUCUUCCUCAGAACAGUGCAUAUUCUACUCGUGUCAACCCAGCCACCGGACUUACUGACGCUCAAGAAGAAACAGUCUUCGAACAAAUAUUCCUUGCACUGACUCGCGCAUACGAUGCAGCUCUCCACACAAUUCCAAUCGCAAAGGCACAAUUUCUUCGCUGUCUCGAAGCAGCAGAGGAAAACCGCCAACCAAAGGCUGUACACGAUCUUUGGUCAACCUUGGUUUACCGAAGCAAACAGUGCAUUGAUGUUUGUGAAGCUCUGCAGAUCAGGCUUGUGAAUAUGCGCUUGACAGAUCCCAACGCGCACAUGAUGAGUAGUGGACGGAACGACCCUUCUUUGUGGCUGCUUUGCAAAAACUUUUUGAUGAAUUUCAUCGAUCUCCUCACUGAAAUGAGGGAAGCCAAAUCGCUCCGACUGUUGUCUCAAGAACUCAUCACGAUGCUCCGUCCAGUCCAGAAAGCCAGUAGAGAAGCUGGGCGUCUGAUAGAAUCGAGCCCAUGGCGUUAUCUUACAGAUAGUGCGACAACUGCUAUGCCCCCUCUAAAUGCAUUCAUUCCGAAUUCAAAUCAACCUCCAGCGACCAGUGUCAAUGGAAAUGGAUAUACGAAUGGCAUCAAUGGUGUCCCUUCUGGUUACCCUCUUGCGGCUCCUUCCAGUCACGGCAGACUUAGCCCAUUCCCACCUCCAUUGGUACCCGUUCCGCCACUUCCCAAUGGAUCAUCCUUGACGCCGCACACAGCUACUAAGCACAACUUCAAUGGAUUCAUUGUUCCGAUUAAUCAUUCCUCUUACGGUAACAGUCCUGUCUCAGUUCCACUUCCUGCCACACCACUCUCGGCUGCUUUGGGUCCAGCUGCUCAGGCCACCGUACCGAUUCCAACACCAGUUCCAAGCACACCGGCCAGUGCAUACGGUGACCAGUUUUUCAAGGGAGAUGUGUUCCAGCGCGCUGACAGUCUAUUGAAUAUGCAGCAAACAGGGAGCAUGAACUUCUUCGGCCGGAGAUAA